CAACAAAAGCUCCGUCUGAAUUGACCUGAAUAAUGAUUAGAUGGCAAAAUGGGAAGGGGGAUGACGAUUUCACGAGGAUCAAAAAUCAGAAAACCGAUGAAAUGGAGGCACGGCGAAGGAUAAUAGAGAAAAGUGCCGAAAGGAAGCGAAGAUUACGUCAACAGCACAUUGAACGCAAAGAAGCAUUAGAAGCGGAAAAACUGCAAUAUGCCAAGGCGGCUGGUGAUGUAAAAAUUCGGCAGCUUAAACGCACGCAGCGACUAGUCGAGGAGCUUGCACGUCGUAAACAUAUCGAACUGCAAGAGUCAUUAAAGAGUAGAAAGAUAAAAUCUGCUGUUCCAUCUGUAUGUAACGAAGCCUUGGAGAAGAAACACGCAGAAUUGAUAGAAAAGAAGACUCAGGAUGAACAGAUACAAACUUCUAAUCUGCCCAGCCCAUGGGACGUCGAAGAAGAUUUUGAAAUAAAGCAGCGGCAGAAGAAAUUAAGCUACAAAAGAGAUCUCCAGAACCAACUCUUAGAUAACCGACGGAGACUGCGUGAGAAAGAAGAGGAGAAGCAUCGUGAGCGAAAAAUAAUGGAAGAAGUUGGCGAGACGAUGCACCAAGAAAAUUUGGAAGCGGAGAAGAGGAAGAAAGAAAUAGCUGCUUUGAUGGAGGCUGAGAAGGAUGCUUUUUUAAAAGCUCGACGAUUUUGGAAAGAGAAGAGGAGGGAGGUUCUGAAGCAGGAACACGACGAGAUUUUGCGAAUCAUCGCUAAAAGGGAGGCUUUGCAAAAGAGGGAAGCUGAAGGAAAGGCUGAUACUCAGGCAGCUAAGGGCGCUAUGUUAGAAAAGAUGAUGAGUAAAUUGAUGGAAGAUGAGCAUAAACGAAUAGAACGAGAAGAAAUUUCCAGGGAAUUGUAUUUGGUAGAGAAAGAACGCAAACUAGCGGCUGAAGCGAUUAAACUGGCGAUGCAAAAGAAACGUACUGCGAGACAACAACUAGAAGAGAUGGCAAAAACUCAGAGAGCUGUGGCUGAAAGGAAAGCGAAAGAAAAUGCGAUCGACGCCGCUUUCGCUAAGUAUUUGGCAGAUGAACGAAAGAAACAGGAGGAAAAGGAAGGUAAAAAGGAGCAAGCACGGCGUGAAAACGUCGUCCAAUAUGGAAAUGAAUUGCGCGAGGCUAUAGAGCAAAAUAAAAUGCAACGUUCGAAGGAUGCAGGAAAGAUAAAGCGUGAAACUAAUAUUAACGAAACCAAGUGUCAUUCGGAAUCUAACUUGGAAGCAGCGAAAUUUCAGCAGGCAAAGAACAAUGUACCUUAAAUAGAAACACUGAAGAUGAAAUUAAAUUUUUAAUUCUACAGCUAUUUAUUGGUAUACAGAUAUAUACAAUGAUGCGCGAAAACCAUCGCUCUCGCGGUUCUUGCGGCUCUCGUCAUUUAUACAAAGUCCGUGUAAAAAUACAGCAGCCCCAUCUUAUAUUGGAUAUUAAGUACGUGAUAAAUUAACAGUCUCGCCUCGGGCGUGUCCAGUAUCGAAAAAUCGGACGGGAACAGCUAACUAACGAGUUUCGUUCUGCCGAUCGGAUUUUUCUUGGCAAUCGAGGCAAUUCUCGAGCGAUUUCUUCUACCAUUUUUACCCCUUCCAUUUGCAAUUUUUCAUUUUCGAUUUAUAACAAUUGUCAUGUAAUAUCAAAACGAUCGUUUCAAUUUCUUUUUUCCUUCUUUCUCUGUUUCUCUUUCACUCUGUGUUAAAACAUGUUCGGCGUAAGAAGGGGUUGAAGUAGCGAAACAAGUAGCACUCGAGCAUUAAGAAUAACUAUAAGUACGAACGUUAGUUUUCUCGGUGACUGGCUAGUCGCCAUAGUCGCUUACAAAUUAAUUUGAUCGGUCGAUCGUUCUCAUCUCUUCUUUAAAUGACGAGUAAAUUAAUAUAUCUAUCGUUAAAACAUUAUACACUUGGAAACGAUACAGUAAUAUUCGGAAAUGAACUCGUGAAACGCAUUCCUGAGAUCAUAGAGAAACUCUUUUCUCGGAAGAUCGUCGUUCAAUGGAUGAUCGUAAUGAUCUUAAACUUUAAAAACUGAAUACUAUUAUAAGUUGCCUAUUUGUAUUCCUUACACGCUACGUGAAAUCCGUAUCUCCACGUAUCGAAAUUGCAUCUCGACGAAUGGUCCUGACCUACGGCUCUUUCUUCCAGCGAACUAAACAACCUCUAUAGAGAAUUUCUUAAGUACGAAGCGAUAACGAGGGAGGGAAUUAGGCGACAUGGCCACUGGCUCAGAACCGGUCAAGUUCACGAAUUUAACACAGAUUGGUCUUAAAAGUAAAAUCACAUUUCCUUUGAUAACCCAUUUGCCUACAUCGACUCGCUACUCUUGUUUUCUCUUUCGGCUGACGCGGCUUUCUACGCGUCGUUUCUUCUCUAACUUUUCUCUAAGAGAAACGAAGGAGGAAAGAUGGAUCCAACAAUCUCUUAGCCAGUCGGAAACUGCAGUCGCACUAGCUGAUGCUUCUCUGAUGUUUCGUUUAAUAAAUAGUACCCGACUAUUCGAGUAAACGUUUCUGACUAAAUAAUAAUCGCUUACGAUUUACGUAAUAUUAGGCCAAUGGGUUAAUUAAAUAUUAGUCGCGUAACACAUAUUGAACGAUCGACUCUCAGAGUUUGCAGAGACUCGAUCGCAAUCCGCUUACGCCUGUUGAACGUGUAUAUAAAUUCACGUAAAAGUAAAAUCACAUAUUCUUACGAUUUAAGUACACGUACGCACGUAUGUAUACACACAAGCAGAUUUUUGUUCAUUUAUUCGCAGCAAUCGGCAAAAUACUCUACUGGUUUUAAUCAGAGGUGGGCAAACGAAGCGUGUCUCGAUGGUUCUUUCGCGUUAUAACGAUAUACGACGUAUCAUUUUACGCGUAAUUCCCCUCUUGUACGAUACGUUAUGGCAGUAUUUAUCGCAGCGUGUUUUACAUUAAUGAACAACGAAAAAUAGAUUUGCCCACCUCCGUCCCUUAACGCUAAUAAUAUCUCAUCAACGGUGAACAAAUCUGGUCAGAAAUUUCCUGUUGCUCUUCGUCAACGAGACCAAUCACGACGCUUUCUCUCGGCGUCUUAACGAUGAUACAAGCGUUUUUUUUUUUUUCUUUUUUUUUUAA